CUUCAAAUUGCACCGAGCUUGAUCUCAGCAGCAGCGGUGAGUGGUGGUGCCAUACCAUGCGGCAGGAAGAUGUGAAACUUGCCGAGAUCCGUCAAUCAGAAAGUUGUCGCUUGAACCCCGUACCCCGCAAUCAUCAUCAUCAUCAUCUUAUCGCACCAUCACUCCGCUUGCAUUCCGACACUUCUCAACCCAUUGAUCGCCACCCCCUUUCCUCCAGACUGUCGCAUCGCUCCGAACUUGUAGAUCACCAUUCGCUCAGAUUCGACCACGCGGAUCCGACCUUCUUCCCCCGCCGCUGCUAAUUAAUCCGACUUUCCAAGGGGAAAUUUUCUAGAGAUUGUGACUCGAAAUCGAAGCCAGCAUGUCGAUUUUCCUGCCCGCAAUGUUCAGGCCGUCAUGGUCUCAGCCGGUGCAUGCAGACGACUUGCCAUCGUCAAGCACCGCAGCAGAGGAUAGCGAAGAGUCAUAUCAGCACGCGCACCAGUUCGUUGUUCCUCAUCUGCCGGGAGAAGGCAGAUUCACUGUUUCCGCCAAGGUCUACGCCAGACCAGACGGCGAUCCAGCAUUCAAAAAGCACUUGGACGCAUUUCAGAGAGAAGUCGCCCUCUCUUCGCCUGGCCUACUAGCAUACAGGACGUCCAAAGUCCGAGCUGGAGAUGGGGACAGCUCCUUGAUCUGUCACGAGUUAUUCAUCUCGGACGAUCUGGAUCCUCAUCCUCUACCUCCCAAAUCCCUGCCCUCUUCCGGCACUGGUCAAGCCGUGGAACGAGCAUCGAAAGCUGCGCAGACGACGGGAGGCGAUUCGGCAAAGGACAGCCUGAAAGAGGCAGCGGCUCAAGCUGAACAUCAGGCUGUUAGCUUCUUGGCAGAGGCUGCUCAUUCGGCUUACAACUUUGGUCUAGGCGGUAUUGCGGGUGCUUUCGGAGCUACGAUCGUCUAUCCCAUCGAUCUGGUCAAGACCAGGAUGCAAAACCAGAGAUCUUCUGUGGUCGGCGAACCUCUGAUGUACAAGAACUCGAUAGAUUGCGUGCGCAAGGUCUUCCAGAACGAAGGCUUUCUGGGCUUCUACUCCGGUCUCGGUCCUCAAUUGCUGGGCGUAGCGCCAGAGAAGGCUAUCAAGCUCACUGUCAACGAUCUUGUCAGAGCACAUGCCAAGGAUCCUGAGACUGGGGCUAUCGCUGUGCCUUGGGAGAUUGUGGCAGGUGGUACAGCAGGUGGUUGCCAAGUGAUCUUUACAAACCCACUCGAGAUUGUGAAGAUCAGGUUGCAAGUGGCAGGAGAGAUUGCGAAAAAGGAAGGAGCGGAUCGCAUAGCGCGAGGGGCGAUGCACAUUGUGCGACAGCUGGGAUUGGUGGGACUGUACAGAGGAGCAUCAGCCUGCCUUCUCCGAGACAUUCCCUUUAGCGCCGUCUAUUUCACCGCGUACGCUCAUUUGAAAAAGGACACUUUUCAAGAAGGCGUGAAUGGCAAAAAGCUAGGAUUUGGCGAAUUAUUGGCUAGCGCUUCCAUUGCUGGUAUGCCUGCCGCCUUUUUCACGACCCCCGCAGACGUCAUCAAGACUAGGUUGCAGGUGGAAGCAAGAAAGGGGGAGGCUACGUACAAGGGCAUUGCCGAUUGCUUUGCAAAGAUUUUGAAAGACGAAGGACCGAGAGCUUUGUUCAAGGGUAGCGCUGCUCGUGUGCUCAGAUCGAGCCCUCAGUUCGGUGCGACGCUGGUGGUUUACGAGACUCUGAAGACCCUCUUGCCCUACCCAUUCGACUCAAAACAAUCCGCCGACUUGGAGAAAUCAGCUGCUGCUCAGAGACCUUGGGAAGACCCUUCGAGGACGCAUGCUAGAAACGCUAUGAGGUUGCUCUUGGACAUGCACGAAGACUUUGGCAGCCCUAUCCCUCCUCAGGGCUUCAAACCUUGGUCAGGUGGCAAGGCUGAUCAGUAAAGGUCUCCAUCAGCCCCUUUUAGACCCGCGAACGGGCAAGGCUAGUUGCGCUCCUGUCUUUCCAUCGAACUCGCUGCUGGGUGUUUACGAGCCGACAAAAAGCAAUAGAUGCAGAACCAUCCUCAUCAGACG